AUCUCCCCGAUCCAGACCCCUCCCCCGCCGCCCCUCUCCUCGAUCCAGAUACCUCCUCCUCCGAUGCCCUCCCCUCCGCUCCAUCCUCCCCCUCAUCGACCGCGCGCACGUCCCACACAUCGACCGCACCCUCCCACCCACACAUCGCCGCCGCCACCCACCAUCCCGCCUGACCUCGCCGGCGCCACCCCCCGCCUCGUCUGACCUCGUCGCCGUUCGCCGCUCCCGGUCUCUUCCCCCCCACACCCGCCGCCCCCUCCCUCUCCUCCUCCCAUCAGAAGAGAAGAGGGAUCUCGCGCGGAUCACACCACGGCGUCGAUCUGGACUUCCGUCUGCACGAGGGGAUGCGUGGAGCAGGAGGGGUGGCUAUGGUGCUCGCAUCGGGCUCCGGCAGCGGCGCCGGGGGGAGCGACUUCUUCGUUAUGGUGAUAGGCUCCGACUUUGCGGUGGACGCUGGCGCGGCGCUCCUCGCCUCCCCUGUCGACCGCAAGGAGUUGCACAACUGCGUCCACGACCUCGGCGACGACUUCUCCGACCUCGAGGAGCUCCAGGUGGUCCGCGUGCAGGGCGUGGACAGAUCCGACCGGCCCGUCGUCCGUGUCGUCGGCAAGUUCUUCCCCGGUGCGCCAAACCCCCUCCCGUUGCUUUCCGUCCUAUCCUCAUCCUGGGAUUUAUCGGGUGGUGGUUGGGGAUUGCUGGUGUCGUGCUGGCGACCGGGUUCGGAGCACUUGGAUCGAAGGUGGCUGAGCACUGGUACGAGGUCUACAAGGUGGACAAGCAGGGGGCCAACCUCUGGUUCAUCUACUUGUGGGAGGACAAGGUGUCUUCUGGCUCUGAAUGUUAGGAUGGUCAAUGUCCAUGACAUCUCGCUGAACCACUACACCUGGCUUGCUCGCCGGCGCGCGCGCGUGUGCUUCGAUGCGCGGCGCUUCGUCGAGCUGGCCGGACCGCGGCAAUCCCCGGAGCUGGAGCGGGAGGAGGCAACGAGAUGCUGUUGCUGCGGUUGCGUCCUCGGAGGCAGCAGCUGCCCCUCGCCGACCUUACCAACCUUCGGCGUCUGCCAUGAGCUCCGCACAUGACCCCUUCUACAUCAUCCGGGAGGAGAUCCAGGGCUUGAUCUUUCUGAUAUUCACAUGUUUUAGCGAUCAACCAUAGCUCUUUCAUCAAAGGUGCAUGGUGUAACCGAGGACAAGCACUUCAUGUCCAACCAAGGUGCAUGGUGCUUGCAAUUGACGAACAGGAGGUCUAUGAAAUUUAAAGUUCAAAGCCGGAUAGCCCUACUUAGCAAAGAGUCGUCUCUUUUGUUUGACUGUAAUAGACUGUAAAUAUUGUUAUAUUGUAAUAGUAGGCAUAUUUGGGUUGUAAUAGACUAUGUACAGAUUGUUGUAGACUUAGUUAGUGUUAUUUGAUGAACUACAUUUGUACUGUUCUGUUUGAAAUAUUGAUUAUGUAUGUGA